UUUCAGAUACAGUGAGGAGGAGGUUUAUUUUCUCACUGGUAAUCUAGAUAUCUAGUGUGAAAGUUGUUGUUCAUCUAGACUUUCAAUGGGUUUCAUAUUUAGUAAAUUGUGGACUCCGGCAAAUUACGAUGACCCAGAUCCGGCCACUGGGCUGACCCCUAGACAAAGGGACACAGUCCAGAAUACGUGGAAAAUUGUUAGGUCAAACAUCAAAGAAAAUGGAUUGACAUUUUUUGUUAAAUUUUUUCAUAAAUAUCCUGAAUACCAGAAACUUUUUCCAUUUGCUGACGUUCCUCUAGAAAAGUUGCGUGACGAUAAGAAAGUUUUAGCCCAUGCAAUGGCGGUCAUGUAUGCUUUGAAUUCCAUUGUUGAUAGUCUUGGCGAUGUUGACUGUCUUGUUCAAAUUUUAGUACGAAUAGGAUCAGGCCACAAACCUCGAAGUAUUCAACCAAUUCAUUUUGAGAAUCUUGCCAGUUUUCUGGUCAGUUUUCUAAUCGAAGCCCUUGGAAAGAGCGUUAUGGACGACAGUGCUGUAGAAGCUUGGCGCACAGCUUUCAAAGCAGCAAAUGGCAUUAUCAUAAAUGCUUUACAAAAUGCUUAAUAAAUGACUGUAGCUUUGGUAUUUGUAAAAAGAAAAUAUUAGCUACAUUUAUCCACUUUUGGAAUUUGUUUUUGUUUUGUUUUUUUGUAUUGUUAUAUAACUAUAAAAGCAUUAGCUAUUUGUUUUUCUUAAAGUGAUUUUGAUGUAAAAAAGCUUUUCUUUACAUCAAAAAAAGUUAAAGAAAAACAAAUUUAAACUUAAAAAAACUGUUGUUUAAAUUUUCUGGUUUACGUAUUUUUUGUGAAAAGCUAAGAUAAUACUUUCUUACAAGAAGACUUUGUUUGCAGAAAUAUACUUCUCAAAAACAGUUAAUAAAAUCAAAAUAUUGUUA